UUUUGUGAAUCGUAAAGUUCUUAUUCAGGAAAAAAAAAUUAAUAAUGUCGUAACGAGAAAAAUAACCAAACUCUGUGACCGAAAUCGGAGCUUGUCCCUGAAAACAAAUGAAAAGUCUUGCUCAACAUGCCAUGUAUUUCUACAUGCCAUUUAGGCAUUAUCUAAAAUCCCUAUAUAUACCUGAAAGUGAAGACUACAAGUGAACAUACGCAAACAGAUUAUCCAUGAUUAUAUCAGUUGAGCUUGAUCUUUGAGUCAAGACAACUCAUAGCACUCAUGGGUAUGGAUGGACGGAAAUCUCAGGGCCGUAAGAAGAUCCAAUUGAAGAAGAUCGAGGACGAGAAUAGCCGCUUCAUAAUGUUCUCGAGCCGCAGGGCCACAAUCUAUAAGCAGGCAAGCGAGCUUGCUACCCUAUGCUGUGCUGAGAUUGGGAUUGUGAUUUUCUCACCAACCGGGAAGCCCUUCUCAUUUGGGACUCCUUCAAUUGAAGUGGUGGUGGAGCGAUACCUCAAAAGGAAUCUCCUCGGGAAGUCGCUUGAUAAUGGUGAUAUGCAAACGAUCCUGGAGGCAGAUCAGACGACGAGGAUCAGGGAACUGAGAGAAGCCCUGAAUGAGACCCUUUCCCAGUUAGAGGCCAAGAGGAUGCACGGGAAGUCGCUCCAGCAGUUAAUCAAGGCGUCCCGGGCAGCAAAUGCAACAAGAGGUGAAGUUAACUGGUGGGAUGCCAAGAUCAGAGCGCUCAGCACACCGCAGCUUGAGCAAGCAUCGGCGUCCAUGGAACAAUUCUAUGGUGAUCUUAUGAACCAUAUGAAACAAGGCAACAACAACAACGACCAAAACAACAAUAAUAGCGAUAAUGGUGAUGUGGCUACUUCCACAGACUCCCUAUUGGAAGCCGAGAAUUUCGAUGAUGAAGUUAGUGACUUUGAGGCUGGAAAUGAGGCAUCUCCGGAUGAAAAAUCAUAAUUGAUAUUAUGUGAUAUGCUUUUCUUUAAUUAUGUAUCAAUAAGCACAGUCUCUCUUCUGUGCAUGGCAAUUUUACAACACAAUAAUUUUUUCGGUAGGUAAUAUACCAUUUAUUUUGGGAAUCGACUUUUGCGCUCUUCAUGCAGAAGUAGAACA